AUGAAUUCUAAUAGUAUGAAAUUCUCUACUCAAGUUCCACCAUUUUCUACUCAAGUUGGUACUGAAAAAGAAGAAAGGGUUGUCGUUAAAAAAAGAUCUCGAGAGCAAUUUACAAGGAAAGAGGAUAUACUACUUAUCCAAUCAUGGCUCAAUGUUUCAAAGGAUCCAAUUGUGGGAGUUGAUCAAAAGGCUGAGAGUUUUUGGUUAAGAAUUGUUGCUAGUUAUAACCAAUAUCGUGGGGAAUUGCGGGAAAAGUUAGGGGGACAAUUAAAAUGUCGAUGGCAUAGAAUAAAUGGCAUGGUUCAAAAAUUUGUUGGGUGUUACAAAACUGCUCUUAAAUGA